UCCUCCUUUCUCCAGCCACUUUUCCCAUAUUUUCUCCCCUCGAUCGGUCCAAAUCCCCGGUUACCGCAUAUGUCUCCUCGCGGCGGUAGCGGGCGGCUAGGGAGGAGGGGGAGGACGACACGGUGGUGGUGAUGGGCGAGCAGGCCGAGCGACCGUUGACUCCGCCGUGCCGGACGACCGAGUACCCCAGCGGGAGUAGUUUUGAGGUGGACGACGAUGUCCCCAGUGCCCGGAGGAGGCCCACUCACCUCCGUUUGUCAAAAUCGGAAGUAAAGAAGUCACCGUCCACUCAGGUAUUCCAGUUGUCUCGUUUCUUUCAGCUGUCCAAGACGAACUUGCAGUUUCACAAGUUGUUCAAGGAAGUGAGCAGGGAGGAGGCGCUCACGCAAAGUUACACAUGCGCCGUGCAGAGAGACAUCUUAUAUCAGGGCAAAAUGUUCGUCUCACCAAACUGGAUCUGCUUCCACUCUAAAGUCUUUGGCAGGGAUACGAAGAUCGCCAUCCGGGCAGCGUCUGUGACAUUCAUCAAGAAGACAAAAACGGCUCUGCUGGUGCCCAAUGCCCUGGUGAUCGAAAGCACACGGGAGCAGCACGUCUUUGUGUCCUUCCUGUCCCGGAACACCACCUACAAGUUUCUGAGGUCCGUGUGCGUCCAUCUGGAGGUGGAGAAGACGUGCAGCAGUCAUGUGGCCUCCUCCUGUGAGAAUGGCUUUGGAGUCAAGCGCCCACCAUCUCUUCCUCUGGACUUGGCCCGGACCUUCUCUGAUCUGGACGGCGUGGUGCGACAGAGGCGACAGGAAAUGGAGGCGGAGAGUAGUAGCAGCUCUGGAUCGCAGACUCCGGAUUGUGACAAAAUGGCCGAAUUCGCCAGCGUCCCCAACACUUUUCUGAGCAGAGAGGUGUCUGUGCACGCAGACGUGCACCUUCAGCCGGGCCAAAAGAGCCGAGCCAAGAACGGGCCAUCGAAGUCUGUUGUGGGGGCCACGCAAGCGGACAAAGCCUGGCCCCACACCACCUUGCUCCCCGUCCUGCUAAUCUAUUUGUUCUUAGUCGGCGUCCUGGUGAUGUCCUCGUGUUACAUGGCUUUGAAGAUGGCUGCCCUCGAGCAUCGCUUGAAUGUCAUACUGUCCGCCCGGGAUCGUGUGCAUGCAGGGUAUGAGGAUCCAAAAAGAAUUUUUGGGAAGAUUUCAGCCAUCGGCAUGGAAGAUAGUUUCACUUUGCGAAACACAGUGACUGUCCAGGAUGCCGAGAUCUUUGGUGAGCUCUCCGCCAGCCUGCUUAAACUCGAAAAGAUUCAAAGAAACCUUCGGAAGCUUCUGGAUGACACCUAAAAAAAGAUGAUGAUCAUCUUCUCCACUCAGGAUCAUGUGACUCCAGCAGGCAAUGUAGUAGUGCUCACCAGUAGUAUUCAAGCACUUUAAAAAAAGAGGCUCCACAGUUUGUACUGUUUUUAUGUAACUUUUAAAAAAGUGCCUUUAAAUUAUAUUUAUGUAUAUACUCGUAUUUUAAAAAUUACUCAGAUAGCUUGUCCGUGCUCUUUCACAUAUAUUUUUAUACCAGCAUUUCUUGUCCAAAACUCCAGUCUGUCAUUUCUGAAUAAUCCCCAUUGUAGAUUAUAUUUUGAAAAUUAAUUUACAGUAAGGAAUUAAAUCAUUUUGAGUGCAACUUUA